UCCGGCGGUGAGUUGGGAGUGGGAGUCGGACCCCUGGGGCAUAGGAGAGGCUGGUGAUGGCUGCGGCCCCGGGUUGCCUGCGCUCAUCCGAAGCGAGCGUGCGGGCGGACGGGUGUGGCGGGUGGCGCCGUGCUUCCGGGCCUCGGCUCUGCGAGCCCUGCCGGCCCGCGCUCGCCGAGGCCGGGGCGGGAGCGAGUGUGGCUGCCCCGGGCGGGCGUGCAGGAAGAGGGAGCCGGAGGAGUUGGCCCUGAGCAAAUGGGGAAACCAGGGUGAGGCUGGAGGCCUGGCCCUCGGCCCAGCCUAAGGAGCCCCGCUGGCGUUUUUGACGGAAAAGAGCGUAUCUGUUUUUGAAAGUGAGUGAGGCUGGAGUCCUGGCGAGGAGCGAGGGGCCCGCCGCAUGGGCGGGCUGGGGACCAACCGUCUCUCCUUCCUUUGCCAUAAAGCAGGUCCUUCGCUCCCGCUCUACUCCUUUUUGCAAAGUUCUUUUGCUUAUCUCUCUGGCCCUUCCAUUAGUUCAUUCUUGGGCUGGAGAAGACUCGAUCUCCAGAGACCCUGUUUACAGUGUGACUGGGGACGUUGAGAACUGGGGCUGGGGUGGAUAAGAUCUAAGGCACUUUCAUUUGUCUUCAGUUGAAGAUAGGAAGAAACCCUAGGAACCCAGUGGUAGCUUGCUUGAGGUGAUGCGAAUGUCGGAAUUUAAACCUCUCAGAAGUGUAUGAUAGAACUAAAGAAGAGGACACCAACCAAGGGUCAUCUGAAAUUGUGAUUGGCUCACUGAUAAUCCCAGGACAAAAUUAGAGAUCACUACUCAAGCAUAAGGUAGAGGAUUUUUUACAUCCCACCUGAAAUUUUAAGUCACUGUUUGCACCCAUUCCCUGUCCAGGUAUUCUAAUUCCAUUAACGUCUGAGUAGGGUUCGACACAAACAGGAAAGGUAAGAAAGCCCUCUUCUGGGGCAAAAUAGAAAAUGCUGCUUAAGUCCACAACAUUCUUGUUUGCCAGAUAACUUUCCCUUAUCAACUCAAAAGGAACAAAAUGCAUGGCACUUGUCAUGGCUGCUUUUCUCAUUGAUCAAACUAUAUUUAUUGCAGCAGGGAUCCUCAAAGCUGAAAGGGCAAAAAAUGGCACAUUACUUUUGCUUAUGCCUCUUGGCUUGUGAAUGUGGAUAGCAUGGCUUUCUUACACUCUUUUUUUUCCAUUCCUGGAAAUAGCCAUCCAUCACCCUCCUUUUUCUGAGAGCAUUUCUCGUAAUCUGUGGCUUGUCCUUUUCAAACAUGAAAUUUGAUUUGUACUUUUGUUAAUUAGUACUUGGUAGUACUAAGGGUAUGUCAACAAGUGACACAGGAUUCAGCUGUUUCCUGAAAUUAAUGUAUCAGAUUCAAGAUCUUUGUAAAAGUCUGUUUCCUAAGGCUGCUACAAAGAUGUUUGACAUAAAGGCUUGGGCUGAGUAUGUUGUGGAAUGGGCUGCAAAGGACCCAUAUGGCUUCCUUACAACAGUUAUUUUGGCCCUCACUCCACUGUUCCUAGCAAGUGCCGUACUGUCCUGGAAAUUGGCCAAGAUGAUUGAAGCCAGGGAGAAGGAACAAAAGAAGAAACAAAAACGUCAAGAAAAUAUUGCAAAAGCUAAACGACUAAAAAAGGAUUGAAAGAAUGAACAGGAUCUGCAACCAGAGAAGAAUCAUUUGGAAAAUCAAACAGCUUUGGAAGGACUCACUAAGGUCUUUGGAUUUCACAAUAGGAUUACUUAGUAAAUUAAAUCUGACAAUAUGGAAGAAUCAUUUCAGUUCUGACCUCAAUACUGUAAUAACCUUUAGGCUUGAGUAUAAAAGUUUGUUGGUAUCUGUUGGCAGUUAUUUUAAAUUAUCAUCAUAUAGGUGAAACAUCCCCAAUUUGAAAAUUCAAAACCCAAAAUGCUCCAAAAUCAGAAAUUUUUGUGUACAAACAUGAUGUCACAAGUGGAAAAUUCCACACAUGACCUCAUCAUGAGUUGCAGUCGAAACACAGGUGCACUGAUAAUACUGUAUGAAUUUUGUGUUUGGACUUGGCUGCCAUUCUCAAGCUGUAUCAUUAUGUAUAUGCAAACAUUCCAAAAUCUGAAAAAAAUUUGAAAUGCUUCUGGUCCCAAGCAUUUCAGAUAAGGGAUACUCAACCUGUAGCACGUAUUCUUUAUAACUGCAUCUUAUAUAUUGAAAUGAAACAUCCUUUGGAGAAAAAGUACUUUUGAUUAUAAACUCUACUCGAAUAGUGAUUUAAAAUGGAACAGAAUCCUUUGUCCUCUUCUGGACAAAGGAUAUUAAGAAUGUAUAAUUCAGAAUUGCUCUCUCUGAGGUGAAAAGUUUGCUUUUGCUUAAGAGAUACAGUAUAUUAAUCACAUCUUUUAUCAUUACUGCUUAUUGGAAUGGAAUAAUUUCUGUUUUUCUCCAAGCAAAAUGAUACUAAUCAAUGAGUACAUCUGUUUUCUGCAUUUUUCCUACAUUAGUCUUUGAGUCAACUGGUAAUUAUGAAGACACUCUGCAUUUUCCAACUUAAUUUUUAUAAAGAUUUCUCUUGAAUAUCUUGAAUCUCUUGAAUAUGUAAAAUGCCACCUACUGGAUAUAACAAUUUUCGUACUUCUGAACACUGCCAUUUUCUUAGAUGGGUUGUUGAGAAGAGUAAUAGUAUGAUUUAAAGCUUGCAGUAAAAAUGCCAAAUGCUGUAAUACCCUGGAAUCAAUUUUUUUCUCGAGCUAACUAGAACUCUGAAAUAGUCAUCAAAAAAUUUGCUGAUUAUAUAGAUAAUACUUUUGUUUUAAUUCUGUUCUUUGUUUUUAUCUUGUGGUAGUGAUACCAUAUUUUUGAUGAAACAGGUUUCAGGUGAAAAUUAAAAAUUCAGAUUUCUUUUGAAGAAUUCCUAAGGAGUUAAGUCAUACUUCUUAAGUGGUAAAGAAAGUCUUAAAUUUUGAAAAAAAAAAAAAAAUGAUGGGUGUAGUAGUGAUUGCACAAACUAGAUGAAAUGACUGUGCUAUAAUUAGAAAUACAGAGCUAAAGAAUCAGUUUAGUAAAACUGGAACUUUUGACUGUUAAACAUGACUUUUCUUAAUGCAUGGUCCAGUAAUUUUAUUCACUGCAGUAUUUUAAUAGCUUAUUAAUGUUUUCUGCACCUCAGACAAUGAAUUCUAAGUUACAGUAAUUGUAUAGAAGCUCUAAUUUAAAAAUGAAACUAGAUACUGAAAUAAAUUUGAUACUUUUUUAUAAAGAGUUUUGGCUUUUUGGGGGGGAGGAGAGUGAUUAUUUAAGUUAGGUUUGUAAUGUAAGAAUUUUCAAAGGCUUAUGAAUUUUAGUUAUAGCUAAACAUACUUGUAAAUUUAGGAGAGUUUCUCAAAUUUGAGAACCUAAGGACUCCUGAGAAUGUUUAUGGACUAGUUGGAACAGCACUGAAUGCUGUUAUUUUUAGGCUAGCAGUUCUUGCUUUGUGCCAGUGUAAUCAACCUAUUGCAACUCUAGGAACUGAAAUAGGAAGUAAUUCAGUGUUUAGUUUUAAGUUGGUUAUUCAGGUGAUCUAUGAUGUACUUUUUAUAUUAUCACUGAAAUUAAAAUUUAUAUAGAAUUACUGGCCCUGAUGAGUCUGCAUAGGCCUCUUUUUUUUUUCCUUCUCUUUUGGCUGUGCUGGGGUUUGAACUCAGGACUUACUUGAGAGGCAGGUGCUCUACCACUAGAGCUACUCUGCUGACCAUUUUUGCAUUGGUUAUUUUUGAAUAGGAUCUUGCUUUAUUCCCAGGCUGGCCUGGACCAUGAUCCUCUUAUUUGUACUUCCUACUAUAGUUGAAUGACAGGUGCACGCCACUGCACUCAGCCAUUAGUUGAGAUGGAGUCUCAUAUUUUUUGCCUGGCUGGCCUCCAAUCUUGAUCCUCCCAAUCUCUACUUCCCAAGUAGCUAGUAUUACAGAUUUGAGCCACUUCACCUGGCCUUUUUUGAAGUAGGACCUCCUAUAGGCUAGUCUGGUCUCAAACACAAAAUCUUCCUUCCUGUGCCUCAAAAUGGUGUGAUUUUAGACAUGCAUCACCAUACCUGGCUUGCAGAACCUAUUUUAAAAGAAGCUAGGCUAAGAUAUAUCUAAACUUUGUUUGUGUGUCUGUAGUCAAGUUAUUCAUGGAAAGAAUUUAUGCAUAUAUAUGUAUAUAUAUAUAUGUUUUGUAUAUGGCUACAUUUUAGAAUUGGAGUAAAAGUACUGAAACAGGAUAUAAGUCUGAGUUAUCUCAUAAAGCUGUGGUUUCAUUGGU